UGUGGGAUUUCAGCCAGGGAUGGUCCUCCUGGGGCUGAAGAGAGAAAGGGAUUAUAUUAGAGACCGCCUGAAAGUCAAGGGGGAAAGAGAGAGAAGUUGCCAUACGCCAGAGCUGUUCCUGGGGCGGCUGUGGCAGGAGGGAGCCUGGCCAUGGGCAGCUAAGACAGCCAACUUUGGGGGCAACCUCCGCGGGUUUCUCUCCUCCUCUUUCCCCGCCCGCCUUGGAUUGCAAACCCUCGGAUCUGGGAUACGUAUUACUUUCUCUCUCAGUUGGGCAACUACUCGGCCCUUUCUUUCCAGGCUCCCCGUUUCCAAAGCAGUCGCUGCUUGCCUUAGCAGCAGCAGCAGCAGCAGUAGUAAUAGUAGUAGUAGUCUUGCAGAUUAAUUUACAUUGUAUUAGUAGUAGUUAAGUUUUAAGAAAUCGCUACCGAAGAGGCAGGAGUCUGGUUUCAGGUUGGGAGGAAAGGAACAUGCCAAACGUUUCGUAGUCCAGGGAGAAAAAAGGACAUCCAGUUGUGAUUUAAAGGGAGAGUAAUUCUCUUUGUGGAAGAAAAGAAAAGUGAGUCAACUCCAUGGAAGACACUCAGGAUUUAAAUGAACAGACAGUGAAGAAAACGUGCACAGAUUUGGAUGUUUCAGAACCUCAGAAUUCCAGAUCUAUGGAAAUGCAGGAUCUAGGAAGUCCUCACAAUCUUGUGGGAAGCAGUGAAACACCGGGUAGUUCUAAACUGGACAAAUCUAAUCUUAGUAGCACAUCUGUUACAACAAAUGGGACAAGUGGAGACAACAUGACUGUUUUAAACACUGCAGACUGGUUGCUGAGUUGCAGCACUCCUUCUUCUGCAACAAUGUCUCUUCUUGCAGUCAAAACAGAGCCUAUGAACAGCAGUGAAUCAACAACAACAACAAGUGGAGAUGGAUCUCUUGACACUUUUACUGGAUCAGUAAUAACAAGUAGUGGCUACAGUCCAAGAUCAUCACAUCAAUACUCACCGCAGUUAUAUCCCUCCAAGCCCUAUCCACAUAUUCUGUCUACUCCAGCAGCUCAAACAAUGUCUGCUUAUGCUGGUCAGACCCAGUAUUCAGGAAUGCAGCAGCCCGCAGUAUAUACAGCGUAUUCACAGACUGGGCAACCUUACAGUUUACCUACUUACGAUUUGGGUGUAAUGUUGCCAGGCAUCAAGACAGAAAGUGGACUUUCACAAACACAAUCACCCUUGCAAACUGGGUGCCUUAGUUACAGCCCGGGGUUCUCCACACCACAGCCAGGCCAAACACCAUAUUCAUACCAAAUGCCAGGUUCUAGUUUUACACCAUCAUCCACUAUUUAUGCAAACAAUUCGGUCUCAAAUUCUACAAACUUCAGUAGUUCACAACAGGAUUAUCCAUCAUAUACAGCUUUUGGCCAAAACCAAUAUCCACAGUAUUACUCACCAUCAACAUAUGGAGCUUAUAUGACCUCAAACAACACUACAGAUGGUACCUCUUCAUCCUCAUCAACGUACCAACUUCAGGAAUCUCUUCCUGGGCUGACUAGUCAACCAGGUACAGACCUUAAUUCAGGAGAGUUUGACACUGUGCAAAGCCCCUCAACACCAAUCAAAGAUCUUGAUGAAAGAACAUGUCGAAGCUCUGGAUCAAAAUCAAGGGGUAGAGGGCGUAAAAAUAACCCAUCGCCCCCACCUGACAGUGAUUUAGAGCGUGUGUUUGUUUGGGAUUUGGAUGAAACUAUCAUCGUCUUCCAUUCGCUUCUUACAGGCUCUUAUGCACAAAAAUACGGGAAGGAUCCUCCUGUGGCAGUGACACUUGGACUUCGGAUGGAAGAAAUGAUUUUUAAUCUUGCUGAUACACAUUUAUUUUUUAAUGAUCUGGAGGAAUGUGAUCAGGUACAUAUAGAUGAUGUUUCUUCAGAUGACAAUGGACAAGACCUAAGUACCUACAGUUUUGCAACUGAUGGCUUCCAUGCAGCUGCAAGUAGUGCAAACCUUUGUCUGCCAACAGGUGUAAGAGGAGGAGUUGACUGGAUGAGGAAGCUGGCAUUCCGCUACAGAAGAGUAAAAGAAUUAUAUAAUACUUACAAGAACAAUAUUGGAGGACUCCUUGGUCCUGCAAAAAGAGAUGCAUGGCUACAAUUAAGAGCAGAGAUUGAAGGUCUCACUGACUCCUGGCUAACAAAUGCACUUAAAUCCUUAUCAAUUAUUAGUACAAGGAGUAACUGUGUAAAUGUCUUGGUAACAACAACCCAACUUAUACCUGCCCUUGCAAAAGUCCUGCUGUAUAGUUUAGGAGGUGCUUUUCCUAUUGAAAAUAUUUACAGUGCAACUAAAAUAGGAAAAGAAAGUUGCUUUGAACGAAUAAUGCAAAGGUUUGGCAGAAAAGUAGUAUAUGUUGUAAUUGGGGAUGGUGUAGAAGAAGAACAGGCAGCAAAAAAGCACAACAUGCCUUUCUGGAGGAUAUCUAGUCACUCGGACCUCCUGGCUCUACAUCAGGCUCUGGAAUUAGAGUAUUUAUAACUGUUGUCACAUAGCUGACAAAUUCUUUUUAUAUUUCAAGUACACUGAAUCUUCUGUAUGUGAUCCGAUGCUUCUGGCAUUACACAUAUGUAUGGUCUUAAGAAGGAAAAGCAAUAUUUGGGAUGAAAAUUCCAUGUGAAGAAUUCAGAUUACUGAAUGGAGCUACAGCUUUAAUUCUACACAAGAAUUCUCUAUAUGGUCUUAUAUAUACAGGAUUUUUGAUGAUUAAAGAACUAUAAAAAGGAGGUUGCUGGUACACACCAAAUGAGCCCUAGCCAGAGUGAAUAGCUUUUGCAAUGGACUUAGACUGGGAAAGCAGUGCUAUGCAUUUUCUGAUCGUCAAUGGUGGUAUUCAACAACAUUCCUCAAUAUGGGAUAAUUCUCAGCACUGAGGUUUGAAUCAAACUUUAGUCUACCUAACUAACCUAGAAAAUCUGAAUUGGAAUGCACUCAGACUGUACGACGACAAUCCUGUCUAGAUCUGUAAAAUGUGUAAAUUAUUGAUGGAAAUAAUUUACUGUGACUUUAUUAGCAGCUGACUUUGAAAGUGGAUGCAAUUUAUUUCUUUUGUUUUGCGGGUGUGUGGGAUGGGGCUAUGUAAUAAUAAUUAUUGUCUCUUUUAUAAGUUUGGCAAACAGAAUGUGCAUAAUGAUGUGUUGUGCCUUAAAAGACAAGAUCUUGUUUGUGUGUUACAAUGGUUUAACAUUGGUUUAAGAUUAUGUAGAUAAACAAUAAAUCUUUGUGAUAAUUUUUGACAUGACCAAAUUGCAAAUUCAAAUAAUUAGAGAGCAGUGUUACAUCAAAAGGACAUAAGUAUUUGUUGCAGUAAGGAAAGAACAGUAUAAUAAUGGAAAUUUAGUGUUACAUUUAGUUUCUUAAUAAUUCCAUUGUAGGAGGCAAGCAAGUUAAGAGAAUGUCAAGAAGUUGGAAUGAUAUUAGGCACCAUGACAGGGGGAAAUUAAAUGGUUGGUUAUUUGAGAUCUUUUUCUUCAUUUUCAUCUUGAAAGAAAACAACAAAAAUGUAUUCAUGAAUUAACUGCAUAGCAAUCAUUUUGAUUUUAUAUAAAAGUUAUAUAAAAACAAAACAAUACCACCAAUUUGCUUAGUUUCAAAUUAUGAUUUAGCACACUUAAUCUGAAGCAAAUUACCCAUAAAUUUGGCUGGGUACUGUUCAAAUGUACUCUCAAAAUUAAUAAACCAAAGAAGGCUAAUUCAGAAAGGCAAAGGGAACUUCCAUUCAAUUCAGUAUCAGAUUAGAUCAGAUUAAAAAAAAAUAGGAGCUAAAUGAUAAUUAUUCCAUAGUGGAAAAACUAGAACAGGAAUAACAGGCUCCAAAAAUUAAAAUGCCAAUGGAACCAAAACUUAAUCUUAAAAUUGUUGAUUAUAUGAUAUCACUAAAGGUUCGUUUGUUCUUUCGGUCCAUGAGUUUCUGCUGUAUCCAGUUUGUUUAAACCUUUUCCAACUGGUUUAGAGCACUGCUGGGGGGGGGGGGGGGGCAGAACAGUAUGUGUCUCAGUGGAGGUUUCUUCCCUUUCCCUUUUUCACUGGCCACUUCUUGCUCAAUGUGCACCACAGUAUGCGUACCAUAGUCCCUUUGCAUUCUGUGCAUAACCAUUUAACCAUUUUGUUUACUCUAAGCAUGCAUAACCACAGCAUGUACACUGGUGCUUGUAACAGGAGGCUGGCAUGUUUAUUCCCUGUAUAUGAUAGUACGCCAGUUAUGGAAUUCUCUACCAAGGGAGGUUGUGAAACUAGCACCAUCCCUUAUUACUGUUUGGUGAGCAAUGAAGACAUUUUAUUCAACCUAUCUUUUAACAGUUAAUUGGAGAGCAAAUGUUUUAACUGUGAUCUUUUUAGUAUGGAUAUUCUAUGACUUUAAAAUUGGAUUUUAUGACAGUUUGCCUCAUAAAUUAUGUUGGUGCCCCUUCUUAGGGAGUUAAGGUAGUUAAGAAUUGUGUAUCAUACACACACACGUACACACGCGCGCACACACACACACCCUCUAUCUAUCCUGGCACUCUUUUUCUCCUCUCCAGGGCUCUAUACACAAGUUUUGUUCUAGGCUGGCACAUCUUGUGUGAUGGGAAUGCAAAGACAAGGAAGAUGAGACUAGAUAAACUAUAGAACUGUACACUAGGUUCCUGUUGCAGCUAAUGCAUACUACAUGUAUGGUGUGCAUGCUUGGUUUAGGAUCUGCUGGUUAGGGGGUGAAUGAUGCUGCUAUUAUGGUUCUAUAUUCAGAGAUCAACUUCCUCACACAACAAUUUAUGGUGCAGAUAUUUUUUUACAAUAGUAUAUAGCAGGGGUGCACAAAUUGGAGCAAAGACUGCAUGUAUCCAGCCAAGUCUGUUUUUGUGGCCCUGACUUUCCUGGCCUAUCCUUUUUCUGCAUUCAAAAAGGGUAUUUGCGUGUUGAAUUGCCUAUUUCUGAAAUCUCCAGAAGCAGAUAUUCACUUUUUAAAUAGUUUGCAUUCCUACACAGAUUAAAAAUAUCAAUUUUUAUAAACUAGAACCUCCAGUCUUGGCAUGGGAUAUUAUUUGUCGUCCCCCCCCUCAUUUUUAGCAAUCCUUUUGAGUCCCACAGUUAGACAUCAGUUCCCAGACCUGCCAGAGUGGGCCACUUCUGAGAUUUAUGCAUUCCAUCAUGCAGUGGACAAGAAUGCUUGUAGUGGUGAACUGAAGUACACAACACCACUUCUCCUGAGAUAAAAAGGUGCAUGUGCUGUUUUGUAUUAAAUUAUAGUCGGUUAUAACUGUUCUGUGGAAUGCAAGCUUUUAUAUUUCCCAGUUUUGUAAGGGUGUUUGGUAAAUCCAGAAAUAUUAUAAUUACUAAAGUGUCAUUAUAAGCACUUCCUACUCCUCGGGAUACAGCAAAAGAGGUUAGAGAUGUUAAAAUUCAUUAGGAUAUAUUCAUUUGUGAAUCAUUAUGGCUGUGCAAUCUACCCUGGCUGCAGUGCAGUGAAAUCUGUUGCAUAUUUACUAAGAGGUAAGUUUCACUGUGUUCAACAGGAAAGUCUGCAUAGAAGUACAAACUUCUCUUCUCUGUUUUUCUGUCAUAAAAUUCAUAUAAAUUAAAGGCAGAUACAUUGUGGUCCUCUUAUGUGUGAGAAUGCAUUUUACUUAUGCAGCAAAUGUUAAGUGAAACUCACCAAAUGCAAGUUGUUAACAAAAUUAUCAAAAUAAUCUCAUUUUUGAACAGCCCUUCACCUUGUUCACUGCUGGAUUUAAUUUGAUUGGCCUUAUUGACAACUAAACAUGGUACUAAAAAGGAAUUCUUAUAUCAUCCGUUCAGAUAAGCUAUAAAAAUAGAAAACCAUUGAGCACAAUUCAUAUGUCCCUGAUGUAUCUUUGAAGUUGAUUCUAAAUAAGAAUGAAAUAUUUUUAGAUGAAGUCUUCCAGCUGUUUAUACUUGUACACUAUUGUUUUGAGGUUUUCUUUUUUUCUUUUGUAAAGUACUUGAAUGAUAUAUAAAAGACUCAAACUUGUCAAAUCUGGCUGUAAAGGUAGAUUUUAAAGGGAUUUUCAUUUAUUUUGUUUAAAAGAUAUGUUCCAAUUACACAAAAUGAAAACCAUAUAUUUUGUUAAAACUGUGGCAUGCCCCCACAGCACAGUUUGUUUCAGUCAUCCUGAAUAUAAUGUAAUAUUUGGUAAUGUGGUCAAAAUGGAUAUGCAGUCAGUUCUGCUCUGUCAUGGUCUUCAUUGACUCUUCUAUACAUUGUUCUAUUAAUAUUCCAGUUUCAAUUCAGAAAAAUAAAUAAACAAUAUAUUAGUACUUUAUAUCACAUGGUGAAUACCAAGGGAACAAAAUUGCCAGAACUCUAGAUACAGCAAUAAACUGUCUCAAGUAUUGGGCAACUUAGUGGUAAAAUUGUCUCUCCAAUAAAAAUUAAAUUUUUAAAAGCAAAAUUCAAGACAAAGUUAGAUGGCACUGCUCACCUAAAAUCUGUAGGAAGUUUAGGGGAAUUAAAAUACUUGUAAUAAGAUUACUGAAAAUGGGGCCGAGGGGUAUGCUGUUCAUGUGUCUCUACCUAAGCCAGAAGUUAAGGCAUAUCAGACAAUUCCAAAGAGAGAAUGGUUUUGUACGAGUUGAAAUUUGGUCAUUUGGAUUGUCAUUUUAUUUUAAUUUAUUAAUAAAUGCAAUCAAACUCCCUUUUUUUAAAAAAAAAAUCCUAUCCUACUACACAGAAGAACAAAAAUUAUCCCAUGCUCUAAAAGUUGUGCAAUUAAGAUAGUGAAGUUUGUGCCUUUGUAGUUGCUGUAAUGGAAGCAGCACAUAUGUAUUAAGCACUUUGAAUGUUGUGCUUGAGAUAUGGAAACACAGCACAAUUUGAUUUGAUGUAAAUAAUACAAGGAAAUAAGUGAAAGAUGGAUGCAAUUCAAUAAACCACUAAAGUGAAAAAUUGCAAUAUGUUAGUCGUGCACAUAAAAUAUUGAGCACAAUCUCUCUCCUUAGGGCUCCCUCCCUUCCUAACUGGCCCUUGGCUAAUAAUAUAUGCAUCAUAGUGCAUCAGCCAUUACUUGCUAUGGGAAGCCCAUACAUGGCCCACUGCUUCCAAGCACAAGAAGCUGCUCACACUUUGGCAUUAUGUGGGGAGAAUUAUCCCCAACGUAUUGCAAUAUAAGCAGGGGCAGUAACUUGAGUACAGUGAAAGAAGUAAAACAGAGUAUCUGUAUAAUAUAGUAAAUGCCUGUGCAUUUAAAGAGGUGGUGUACAAAGUCAAAUAUCAAACUAAAUGCUUCUGGAACAGUAGGUCAAACAGUAGAAUCUAAAUCUUUCCAUAUAUUGGGGAACUAUAAUGAUAUGCCCACUACAGGUUUAGAUAUAAAUUUCAUCUCUCUCUUUCUCUUUUUUUUUUUAAAGUGGGGAGGCAUUUUGGAGCCAUGUCUAGAUGCUUGAAUAUAUGUGAUAUUUAGUGUCUUUAGAAAUGAACUUAACCGACAUGAGCCAUUAUGACAUUUGAACUCCCAGCAUUUUCAGCCUUGUGGUACUGUUGAAGCCAAGGGUCUAUGUAAUAUAAGUCAUGAUUUAUUUGGGGAUAACAUUAUUUAAGAAAAUGUAAAUUAAUAUUGAGCUUGUAAAAAUGUGUAUAUCUUUACUACUUCUCAAUAAAUACAUGUGAAAAUGUUGUCAUUUUCUGC